AUGGAUCAAGCCUUGGCUACCGUGGAGCUUCUUGAGCUCAUUCUCCUACAGCUUGAUUUUCAGACAAUACUCACGUCUGCCAGCCGCGUCUGCCAUGACUGGAACAAUGUCAUCCGAGGCUCCCCUAAACUCCAAGCGUUCCUGUUCUUUCGGCCGGAAAGGCCGGCACUGAGCAAUUUGCGCUGCCACGAAGAGAUCCGUACGAACCCACUUGUUGACGACAAGCUGAACCAACUCAUGGCUACCACACCGGGCGAUUCGCAUCCAUCACAGCUCGACAGAUUCCUUCAAGCCGACGCCAGCUGGCGCAGAAUGCUGGUGCAACAACCGGCGCCUUUGAAGAUGGGAGUGUGGAGGAUAGAGACGGGGUGCUACCUCCAAGAGGGAUUCAAAAACACGAUAGAAGUCUUGGAGCUCACCGACAAAGAAGACCUUCGCAUGGAAGCCCUCGUGGAAUACGGUCAGGCGAGGAAACCAGGCUACACUUAUACCGUGUAUUCAGGAGGCCAAGGCCGAAAGCGCUUGGAUCAUGAGAAGAAAUCGCUCUUCAUACAAAAGGCCCUAAGGCCUGAACGGAAUUCAAUACUGAACAUGUUGGAGGAGUGUGACCUGGUGGUGAAGCUUACUAGAUGGUCACAAACAAGAGAAUAAGACAAGAGAAGAACGUUGGGUCUGCAGCAGAGCUAGGGAGUCACCAGUAUAGAUAACCGGGUUGAAGAGGCGGGAUAUUGAGAAAUACUUAAACAUAUAUAUAUAUAAUGUUAAUCGAAGAUGUCGGUAAUCUU